UCCCGGCGUGUCACACGAGGCAGGUCUGAGUUCAAAGGUGGAACGCAGUUGCGCUCUCGCGAGCUUCGUUCUCUGUUUUCACAACAUAACAAAUUUUUAGAUUUUACUAGACGUUUUUCGAAAAUAUCCAAGCGCUGCAUAGAAUGCUGGCUACAGGAGCAGCUGUAACCACGGCUCUGGCCCAAGUGGAUAGGGAAAAGAUAUACCAGUGGAUCAACGAGCUGUCCAGCCCAGAGACCCGCGAGAAUGCCCUGCUUGAGCUCAGUAAAAAACGGGAGUCCGUGCCAGAUUUGGCUCCAAUGCUAUGGCACUCCUGUGGAACUAUAGCUGCUCUCCUACAGGAAAUUGUCAACAUCUACCCCUCAAUAAACCCCCCAACCCUCACCGCGCACCAGUCCAACAGAGUAUGCAACGCAUUAGCACUUCUGCAGUGUGUAGCCUCUCAUCCAGAGACAAGAUCGGCAUUUCUGGCAGCACACAUUCCUCUAUUCCUGUACCCCUUCUUACACACUGUCAGCAAAACACGACCAUUUGAGUACCUCCGACUCACCAGCCUAGGAGUCAUCGGUGCCUUGGUCAAAACAGAUGAGCAGGAAGUGAUCAACUUCCUGUUGACAACAGAAAUCAUUCCCCUGUGCCUUCGCAUAAUGGAGUCUGGCAGUGAGCUUUCCAAAACGGUAGCAACUUUUAUACUACAGAAAAUACUCCUUGAUGACACAGGGCUGGCAUACAUUUGCCAAACGUAUGAACGCUUCUCCCAUGUGGCCAUGAUACUUGGCAAAAUGGUUCUUCAGCUCUCCAAAGAGCCCUCUGCUCGUCUUUUGAAACAUGUUGUCCGCUGUUACCUACGCCUGUCAGACAACUCCAGCCCCCACACCAGAGCCCGAGAGGCCCUCCGUCAGUGUCUACCAGACCAGCUUAAAGACACCACGUUUGCCCAAGUCCUGAAGGACGAUACCACCACCAAACGCUGGUUGGCACAGCUGGUGAAGAACCUACAGGAAGGCCAAGUCACAGACCCCAGAGGCAUCCCUCUGCCCACACAGUAGCUCCCCUUACCUUUUCAACAGGCUUGCACAAUAUGGUAACUUUCCCAUGAUUCCCACGUUUACCUAGACUUUCCUGGGAAUUUUCCAAAUUAGAUUUAUUUAAAACCUGGGAAUUAUGCCAAAGUUACUGGAAUUUUGCAACCCUACGUACCAUGCAGCUGCACUGAGUGACACCCACCAGCAAAGACCCAGCUUCCAGAAACAGGAAAAAGCCACCAGUUUGAAUGACGAACGGACUCAUAAAGGGGCACUUAUUUUGUGAAGAAAGACUGUAUUGAAUGAAAGCUCUAUACUCAGCUGUUUUCUUACAGUAUCUUUCAUUCAGAUCAAACUGCCUGCCCGAUCUCCAGAAGUGUAUGAAUGCGUUUUCACUUGGUCUCAAACUAUUAGUUCUAUAUAUUUUUUUCUCAAGGACAUUUGGAGUCUUCACUUCACUAAGUGUUCUGAAAUUGAAGUAGACGGCACAAUAAAAUGUUACACCUUGA